AAUUGUCAACAUACACUGUCCAGGUUGAAUAAUUCUAUUAAGUGCCACAAGACUUUUUGGACGAGCGGUAUUAAAGCGCGGCCUAACAGACUUUAUUCCCACAAUCGGUGACUAGAAUUCACAGCGGCAACAACAACAACGCAGCAUCAACAUCGCAGCAAGAAUCUGGAAGAAGAAGAGCACCUCAGAAUGAGCAGCGAAACGGAGGAAAAAAGAGCCAAGGCCCAACCAAAUGGUUGUGAGCGGGCCUUUGUGCAGCGGAACAAGAUCAAGUGGUUCUGGGCACCAGCCUUUUUUGGAUUCUGGUUGCUGCUUUACGUGGCCAUCUCAAUCCCCGCCUGCCACCGCCUUCCCCGCCCUCUGACCAUUAAGGAUGAGGCCAAGCACCCCGACCAGUUCAUCGCCGAGCGGGCUGAGAACAAUCUACGGGAACUGGUGGGUCUGGGACCCCGAGUGGUGGGCAGCCGGCAGAAUGAGAUGGCCGCUUUGAAAAUGCUGUCCCAAAAGAUGCAGAAAAUUCGAUCGGGCACUGCCAACGAUAUUGAAGUGGAUGUUCAGGUGGCCUCCGGCAGCUAUGUGCACUGGUCGAUGGUCAACAUGUACCAGAGCAUUCAGAAUAUUGUGGUUAAGAUUAGUCCCAAGGGAACCAAUAGUACUACUUACCUACUGGUUAACAGUCACUACGAUUCGGUGCCAGCUGGACCUGGUGCUGGUGACGAUGGCUCCAUGGUGGCCACCAUGAUGGAGGUCCUGCGUGUGCUGGCCAAGUCGGACAAGCCCUUGAAGAACCCAGUGGUGUUCCUCUUCAACGGAGCCGAGGAAAAUCCGCUGCAAGCCUCGCAUGCCUUCAUCACACAGCACAAGUGGGCCAAAUACUGCAAAGCCCUUAUCAACCUGGAUUCCUGCGGUAAUGGUGGUCGGGAGAUACUCUUUCAAUCGGGUCCCAAUCAUCCUUGGCUGAUGAAGAACUACCGUCGAGCCAUCAAGCAUCCUUUUGCAUCCACCAUGGGCGAGGAGAUGUUCCAGCACAAUUUCAUUCCCUCUGACACGGAUUUCCGCAUCUUCCGUGACCAUGGAUCGGUUCCCGGAUUGGACAUGGCUUACACCUACAACGGUUACGUUUACCACACACGGCACGACAGAGCCGAGAUCUUUCCGAGAGGAAGUUUCCAGCACACUGGUGACAAUCUGCUGUCCCUGGUUCGCGAGAUUGCUAACUGUCCGGAGAUAGAGGAUUCUUCGAAAUACGCCGAAGGACACACCAUAUACUUUGAUGUGAUGGGCUGGUUCCUGGUGUUCUACACCGAAACGGAAGGCAUUAUUCUUAAUGUGAUUGUGGCUUUGGCAACCAUCGGUGUUUGUGGUUACGCCUUCAAGCUGAUGUCGGUCAGCUCGGGCAUAAAGCUGGAAAAGAUCCUCAAGCGGGUGUUGCACACCCUCCUUGUUCAGAUUCUAUCCGUUAUUGUGGGAGCCAUUUUGCCCAUCCUUCUUGGUCUCUUCAUGGACGCGGUGCAUUUGCCUAUGGCGUGGUUCACAAACUCCUGGCUUAUCCUGGGUCUGUACUUUACCACAUUCUUCUUUGGUUUGGCCAUCGUUCCCGCUUUGUACUUCCACUGGACCAAGUAUGAUAAACUGGCCAUUGGCCAGCGGAUUCAGCUGUUGCUUCACUGUCACUGUGUCCUUUUGGCCAUCCUCACUCUGGUGUUUACUAUCUGUGGAAUCCGCUCUGUUUUUGUCCUGAUGCUUAGUUGUCUUUUCUAUACAAUGGGUUUGAUCAUCAAUAUUGCCACCAAACUGCACAGCAAGGAUGUGGCCUGGGUAAUUCCUCACAUUGUCUGCACUGUUCCGCCGUUUGUAUUCUUCGCAUAUUUCUCGCACGGAUUCUUCACCACCUUUAUUCCCAUGUUCGGUCGUUUCGGAGAGAACCUUAACCCGGAUCUGGCGGUGGCUGUUUUCAGUGUAGCCGUGGGCUUCCUUUGCUGCGGUUUUAUCAUUCCCGUACUGCAACUGUUCAACAAAUCGAAGACUAUUAUCUGUGGCCUGAUGGGCAUCACUUUAUUGUGCUUCAUUAUAGCCAUGACUCCAGUGGGAUUCCCCUAUCGCCCAGACACCAAUGUCCAGCGAUUCGCAGUGCUGCACACCAAACGUACCUUCCACGACGCCGAAAACCAUGUGCGUCGUCAGGAAUCGGGUUACUUUAUAAUGCCUCAGGACAGACGUACAUAUACAGUCAAAAAUGCCGUUAUCAACAUGACGCUUGCCCAACGGAUCGGUAGUGAUUGCGAGAAGGAAAUCAAUUGUGGACUGCCUCUGUACAAUCAGCGAUGGCAUAAGACCAGAAAGAACAGCUUGUGGAUUCCCGCUUCUGAGCCCGUUCUUGGCGAAGAUUUGCCCACCGUCAUAGUGUUGUCGAAGAAGCAGCUGUCUAAGACCAAAAUUCAUUAUGAAAUGCAGCUAAGUGGACCCAAUCAUAUGGCGCUCUUUAUCCAGCCAUUGAAUGGAGCAAAGAUGAUUGAUUGGUCUUUCCAUAAGGCUCCCCUACGCCUAAACUUUGAGGCACCUUACUUCAUUUACUUCUCCUGGGGCGUCAAUGGAGAUCCCCUUAAAUUCUGGUUAGAGUUGGAGAAACCCAGUGGAAAUUGGAAUUCAACCACCGUGGAGCUGGGUAUCGGAGGACAUUGGACGCACCACAAGGACUUGCUAACGCCUGACUUUAAGAAAUUCCUCGACAGCUUCCCCAAAUAUGUAGAUGCCACCCCGUGGCCAGCUUCGUUUGAGAGCCGGAUCUACUAGGUUAAAUUAAAUUUGACCGUGAUCUACUAGGCUAUUCAAAUGUGUAGAUUUUUUAUACCUAAAUUAUAAAUAAACGCUUAAGUGUUCAACA